AUGAGUUUCACUGGUAAAGUGGUCAUCGUGACUGGAGCUGCCUCCGGGAUAGGAGCUGCCACAGCCAAAGCACUAGCCAGAGAAGGUGCCAAGGUAGUCCUGGUGGAUAAAGACGCAGAUAAACUACAAGAAGUCGCCAAGGAAUGCGAACAGCACGGCAACAAACCUCUCAUCAUCAUAGCAGAUGUCACUAAAGAUGAAGAUGUCAGAGCCAUAGUGAAAAACACGAUCAACAACUUUGGACAGUUGGACGUCCUGAUCAAUAAUGCGGGGAUUGCCAGGUUUGCAACUUUCUUGGACAAAAAUCUUAUGGAAUAUUUCGAUUUACUCAUGAACACGAAUUUACGCUCCGUGGUCUAUUUGACACACCUCGCUGCUCCAUACCUGAUCAAGACUAAGGGUAACAUCGUGAAUAAUUCAAGCAUCGCCGCUUUGCGUGUCAUAGGACAGUUAGAAGGUCCAUAUGCAGUUACAAAAGCAGGCGUAAGUCACUUCACUCGCUGCGUUGCCUUAGAUCUGGCCCCACAUGGGGUGAGAGUGAAUGAGGUAGCUGUAGGGGGAACCAACACGAGUAUAGUAGAAAAUGCAGGGAUAACAAACGGCGAUGAAUUAUGGGAGAAAUUUAUUAAAGAACGCACUGUGUUGAAAAAAAUGUCGGAGCCUGAAGAGAUAGCGGAUCUGAUUCAGUACUUGGCGAGUGAUAAGGCUAGGAGCAUCACUGGAUCGACGUUCGUUUGUGAUAACGGGACUUUAUUGCUGUAAAU